AUGAAGAGAAAAAGAAACUCAAAAGCACUCAGAGCAGGUUGUAAAGGAAAAAGAAAAGCAUAUGAAGAGGUUGAGCAUUUCGGUACCUCUAUCACGGAUGUACCUGAGCCUAUCUUCAAGAAUAUUGUGCUAAGACUGCCCAUUAGGGCAAUUAUCAUGUGCAAAUGUGUUUGCAAACCUUGGCGUCGGGUAAUUUCAGACCCUCAAUUUGCUAGGAUGCAUUUUGAACUUGCACAGCCCUGUCCUCUAGUCCGGACCUUGGGUAACACACGAGUUGCAAGAAUGCUUUACCUAAUUGAGCCAUCUGACGUUGACAACUACGAUUCAUUUUCUGAUUCUCGUUUUGCGAGGCAUCUCGGGCUUAAUUAUGGUCGGGAUUUUUAUAAGAAACUGGAUACCAAGUUGAAGAUUCCUUUGCGCAAUGCUGAAAAAAUGCCACAGCCACAUAAUGUCAGUGAUACCAAAUCCUGUCUUAGUAGUAAGCGUGGUUUUAAGAAGUGUUGUGUAAAAGUGAGACCAAAAGAGCAUAAGUUCCAGAUCGUCAAUUCUUGUAAAGGAUUUGUCUGUUUGUCAGAACCUUCAAGCAACAACCCACUUGUUGUGUGCAAUCCAGUCACAGGUGAGUAUUUAAACCUUCCAGGAACAGAUGAAUCUGAUAACAAUACCGAGAAAGAUAUGGUGUCUUGUGGAUUUGGCCUUUGUGAGGAGACUAAUCGAUAUAAAGUUGUUAGAAUGAUUGACCAAGGAUAUUUUGAAUCCAUGUAUUGA